AUUCAAACUACGUUCGUUCGCUGGUGAGUCUACUUCCUUGUCUGUUGGUUGUAAAUGAGAUUUUGUAAUGGUUUAAUCACCUUUUAACAAUUAUUAUAGUUACCUGCUAACAGUACUUCUUAUUAGACCUCAAAUAUUGGAUACCUUCGAACCAUGUCUUUCACUACCCGAUCCGUGGCUCUCGUAGGCCUAAUGGCCUUCUUUAGCAAACUUAGCCAUGCUCAAUCCGUCCCUAUUGCUUAUUGCGCAAGCAUCAACACGGCAUCAACAACGGGCAACAGCAGUAUAUACCAGUCUGACGGACUAUGCCAUGACUUCUGCGUAGCUAGCUUCGCCUUUGCUAUUGUUCAAGAUGAGGAGUGCUGGUGUAGCGAUUAUGUACCCGACGAGGCAACUCAGGUAGAUACCGACGAGUGUGAUACGGCAUGUCCUGGCUACCCGUCUGAUUUGUGCGGAGGUGAUGGACUAUGGGGAUACAUGUCUUUGAAUAAUGAGCCUUCGGGCACCAAGUCUGGGGGCUCCGCCUCUUCUACUAAAACGUCAGCUCCUGAUACAUCGAAAACAACGGGAGAUAGCUCUACAACCCCCACUACUCCAAGCGUAUCUACAGUGACAGCGGGGGGUACUGUUAAGACUGUUACGAUAAUGCCCACAGUUACGAGUGAUCCGGACGCCGCUACUUCACCGGAUACCAGCUCAAGUGAAGUGCCAUCGAAUCAGCAGCAUGGUCUCUCAACUGGUGCCGCAGUUGGCGUGGCAAUUGGUGUAUUUAUUGCCGUGGGUAUGGCUAUAGGUAUCGCUGUCUUCUUCUGGCUCCGCCGCAAAAGACGAGACCAAGGUGAUGCUUUCGCAGACUCCCCCGGAAGUCAGCGUGGAAGUUCAGCAGGUAUGAUGAGCACGCCAACAACCGCAAUGGCCUCGGUAUGGGAUGGCGAUACCGCAUCGGGAGGCCGGAGAAAUAGUCGAUUUAUGCCGCACGAUCCUCGCAUGGACCCAUUCGCAGCAAAUAUCUACAGCCGCGAGAAUAAGAGCCAGGAGAGCAUUAACACUCUUCAAGAUAACCACGAUUAUUCGCGAAAAGUACUUCGAACCACGAAUCCUGACCCGCCCGAUGGCGAAUAAGACUACAUGGUCCAAUUCUAUGGAUGGAUUGGGAAGCCGCUUCAGAAACGGCUAAUGACGUAGACGAUCUCUUUCUGGUCGGGUUCACAAUUGGACCAUUGCAUUGCAUUUUCGAGAUACCAGGCCGGCGUUUUCAGGAGAAUGAGAUUCUAGGACAAAGUUAAGGGGUUUCACGCACACAUAUACUUGGCAUCGUAGUUAACGAUGACACAUUCAAUUCUCAGUAUGGAUUUCGUUCUCUGGCUCGGUAUAUGAAUAUCCACCGCAAGGGGAGAAGGGUAGUUCACGGCAACUGCGAUAGUUAGACCGGCAUGCACGGCAUAUAAGCGCUCAGAUGGAUUUUGUUGGAUCUCUGGACUCGAUUGUAGGAGAAGUGGGCGGGGUGGCAGACAGCGUGGGUGGUAAGGGACGGCACUCGUAGUAAGGACGUACCGGCAGUACAUACAGGAAUAAUAAAAAGGUCAAUAAGCAAUCGUCAAUGGUUAAUAGUUAGAAGGUUUAGAGCUACUCAAGGAUGAGUAAGCCGGGCAUAUUUGGGAGUCAAUAUAAGAGAUGUUGUUGAUUUUCG